AUGAGUAAAGCUAUUGGAAUCGAUUUAGGUACCACAUACUCUUGUGUGGCCCAUUUUACCAACGAUAGAGUUGAGAUCAUUGCAAAUGAUCAAGGUAAUAGAACCACUCCUUCUUAUGUGGCAUUCACUGACACCGAAAGAUUGAUUGGUGAUGCUGCCCAGAACCAAGCUGCCAUGAAUCCUCUGAACACAGUGUUUGAUGCCAAAAGAAUGAUUGGUAGAAAAUUUGAUGAGGAACAGUUGCAAGCUGAUAUUAAGCACUUUCCCUUCAAAGUGGUUAACAAAGGAGGAAAACCUGCCAUUCAGGUUGAAUUCAAGGGUGAGACCAAAACUUUCAGUCCCGAGGAAAUCUCUUCGAUGGUUUUGACCAAAAUGAAGGAAACAGCCGAAGGUUACUUGGGUGACAAAGUCACUGAUGCUGUGGUAACAGUGCCUGCUUAUUUCAACGAUUCGGAAAGACAGGCUACUAAGGAUGCCGGUUUAAUUGCUGGUUUGAAUGUGUUGAGAAUCAUCAACGAACCAACGGCUGCUGCUAUUGCUUACGGUUUGGACAAGAAAUCCAGUACCGUGGGUGAGCAAAACGUUCUUAUUUUCGAUUUGGGUGGUGGUACUUUUGAUGUUUCCUUGUUGGCCAUCGAUGAAGGUAUAUUUGAAGUUAAAGCCACUGCUGGUGAUACCCACUUGGGUGGUGAAGACUUUGAUAACAGAUUGGUGAGCCAUUUCAUCAAUGAGUUUAAGAGAAAGAACAAGAAGGACUUGUCAGGAAAUCAAAGAGCUUUAAGAAGAUUAAGAACCGCUUGUGAAAGAGCCAAGAGAACUUUGUCUUCGUCUGCCCAAACUUCGAUUGAAAUUGACUCUUUGUAUGAAGGUAUCGAUUUCUAUACUUCCAUCACCAGAGCCAGAUUCGAAGAAUUGUGUGCGGACUUGUUCAGAUCUACCAUUGACCCAGUCGAAAGGGUUUUAAAGGACGCUAAAUUGGACAAGUCCCAAGUCAAUGAAAUAGUGUUGGUAGGAGGUUCUACCAGAAUUCCUAAGGUUCAAAAGUUGGUUUCAGACUAUUUCAACGGUAAGGAGCCAAACAAGUCAAUUAACCCAGAUGAGGCAGUUGCGUAUGGUGCUGCUGUUCAAGCCGCCAUUUUAACUGGUGACACUUCAUCCAAAACUCAAGAUUUAUUGUUAUUGGAUGUUACUCCCUUAUCGUUGGGUAUUGAGACUGCUGGAGGUAUCAUGACUAAAUUGAUCCCCAGAAACUCGACCAUUCCAACAAAGAAAUCAGAGACUUUCUCCACUUAUGCCGAUAACCAACCUGGUGUGUUGAUUCAAGUCUUUGAAGGUGAAAGAACCAAAACUAAGGAUAACAACUUAUUGGGUAAGUUUGAGUUGUCUGGUAUUCCACCAGCACCAAGAGGGGUUCCACAAAUUGAAGUCACUUUUGAUGUUGAUGCUAAUGGUAUCUUGAAUGUAUCUGCUGUCGAAAAGGGUACUGGAAAGCAACAAAAGAUUACUAUUACAAAUGAUAAGGGUAGAUUGUCUAAGGAUGACAUUGAAAGAAUGGUUAGUGAAGCCGAGAAGUUCAAGGAAGAGGAUGAAAAGGAGGCAGCUAGAAUUCUGGCCAAGAACGGAUUGGAAUCCUAUUCCUACCAAUUGAAGAACUCCAUCAGCGAAGGUGAAUUGAAGGAUAAAAUUCCUGAAGCUGACAGAGAGAAGUUGAGCUCCGCCGUUGACGAAACUAUCAACUGGUUGGAUAAUGCUCAACAAGCCACAACCGAAGAAUAUAGCGAAAAACAGAAGGAAUUGGAAGCUAUUGCCAACCCAAUCAUGUCUGCUGCCUAUCAGUCUGGUGGUGCUCCUGGUGGAAUGCCUGGUGGAGCUCCAGGAGGUCCUGCCCCCGGUGCUGGUGGUAGUGAUGGUCCAACUGUUGAAGAAGUCGACUGA